UCUUACAGCUGAAGAUGAACCAUACACUUGCAGAUGCUUUGGAACUCACAACUGCAGAUUACUACAACUCAGAUUACGGGCUCUGUGAUAAAACUGAUUUGAAGCAGAAAGCAACUAAAUUCCUUGUACCACUUUAUAUUUUUGUGUUUUUACUUGGCAUCAUUGGUAAUGCUCUUGUCAUAAUAAUAUUGAUUCAAUACAAAAAGCUCAGAAACAUGACAGAUAUCUACUUACUGAACCUGGCAAUUUCAGAUGUACUUUUUGUCUUCACAUUACCAUUUUGGGCCUAUUACAUUGCAAAAGACUGGCCAUUUGGAGAUGCACUGUGUAAAAUUUACUCUGGGCUAUAUCAAACUGGAUUUUAUGGAGCAAGUUUUUGUAUUAUACUUCUUACACUUGAUCGAUAUUUGGCAAUUGUGCACGCUAUUUUUUCUCUGAAAGUUCGGACUGUAAAAUUUAGUAUAUGUACGUGUUUCAUCCUCUGGGGAAUAGUUACUUUAUUUUCUCUCCCUGCAUUUAUAUUUCAUGAAGCAAAAAAACAGGACGAUGUCUGGACAUGCAGUCCCUAUUAUCCAGAAGGGCCAUGGAAACUUAUAUUAACAUUGAUGAUGUCUAUACUUGGACUUUUCAUUCCUCUAGUGGUUAUGAUAUUUUGCUAUUUAAGAAUAAUAUAUACUCUUCUUCAGUGUAAGAGUGAGAAAAAAAAGCAUAAAGCUGUAAAACUUAUUUUCAUUAUAAUGGCUGUGUUUUGUAUCUUUUGGAUGCCCUACAACAUUAUUUAUAUUAUGCACUCCUUUCAAGAUCCAGACCGCAAAGAUGCCUGCAAUACUAACAAAAGAUUAGAUGAAGCAGUGCAAUGGACAGAGGCCAUUUCUCAUAUUCACUGUUGCUUGAAUCCUAUUAUUUAUGCUUUUGUUGGAGAGAAGUUUAGAAAAUACCUCUUCAUUUUUCGAAAAAAAAUAUUUCCAGGCUGGUCUUUUUGCACUGGCCCCUUAAGCACUAAUAUGUCUAUGCAUGAACGCCAUAGUUCUUUGUAUACUCCAUCUACUAGGGAGCAAGAUAUCUCUGCAAUUCUGUAAAGUUUCACUAUCUGAGAUUGUUUGGCUUAACUAAGGAAUGCAUUACCACUUCAUAUGCAUUUGUGUUAAUAAGUGCAAUAAGGGAAAUAAAUAGGUACAAUAAGCGCAAUAAAAUACCAAUUUCGUACCAACUGUAUCAGGAAAAUGCUCACAGUAGGUGAAAUAACCAAAUCCUUAUAUAAUGGGGAUAAAACAUAAAACAGCAUAAAACAGCUCAUAUGUAAAACCCUGGUUCAUCAAAACCAUUUUCAUAAUAAUAUACUUUUUUAGUAGCA